GUUACAAAACACGGUUUGAUAAAGCUUUAUUUCUGCAUUGUUUUCAUCUGGUACCGACUAGUGCUGCUAUGUGUGUGUCUUUUCUGGCGUCUGCUGACUCAAACAUAAUGUUAGCCUAGCAGGCAACGAUGUGACAGAAACGUGAAUUCAUCAAGACCUCGAGCGAUUGUCUUCGUGUUUGUGAUUGUUUUUGCGAGCAAGAAUGCUAUUGUUGCCGAAUGUCACGUCAUCAAAAGUCAAAAUACGGUCUUGGAGGGGUAUUAAGAGGAGUCGACUUCGCGCGACCUUUUAAAUCCACCACAAGAGAUCUGCUCCUUCCACACACCAACUCCCUUAAAUGAAGCUCCUUCCACUUGGAUAUUUUCAUCUGAAGAGGACAAGAGUUGAUGAAAGAACACAGAGAAUAUGAAUGAUCCUGAAGCCUCCAGAAUAAAACAAGAAGAUGUUGAAGAACGAAUAGACCUGAUCGAAGAGAACAAGGAGAUUGAAGGACUGAUUGAAUUGGCGAAGAAACACCAUGACAUCAACAUUGAAGAAACACUCAGUGCCUCAUGGCCAAGUAGAGAGACAAUAUGUUACAUUUGCCCUCAGUGUGGAAGGAGUUUCUUAUGCGAACAAAGUCUUAAUCUUCACAUACAGUUUCAUAAUGAGGUGAAGCGGUAUGCAUGUGACCUGUGCGAGAAGAUUUUCUCAAAUAAAGGCAACCUUAAGGAGCACAUGAAAACGCACACUGGAGAGAGGCCAUACAUGUGUGAUCAGUGCGGGAAGAGUUUUGCGCAUAAAGGAAAUCUUAACGCACACAUGAAAAUACACACAGGAGAGAAGCCGUAUGCUUGUAAUCAAUGCGGGAAGAGAUUCAAACAAAAACAAAUCUUCAAUGAUCACAUUAAAAUCCACACCGGAGAGAAGCCGCACAAAUGUGCUCAGUGCGGGAAGAGUUUCACACAAAAGGGAGCCCUUAAUGCACACAUGAAAAUCCACACCGGAGAGAAGCCGCAUUCAUGCGAGCAAUGCGGGAAGAGUUUCACACGGAGACAGAACCUUACCGAUCACAUCAAAAUCCACACCGGAGAAAACCUGCACACUUGUGAUCAGUGCGGGAAGAGUUUCUUAAAGUCAUGUGUUUUAAAAGAGCAUCUGCGUACUCAUUCAAGAGAAAGACUGUUUAACUGUGACCAGUGCAGUAAAAAAUUCUUUAGAGCCGAUGCCUUGAAGGAUCACCUGAAAGUUCACACACAGGAGAAGCCUUACAUAUGUUCCUUUUGCGCAAAGAGUUUUAGACAGAUGGGCAAUUUAAAAAUACACCAGAAAAGACACAGCGGUGUGAAGGAUCAUAUGUGCACUGAGUGUGGGAAGACUUUCUUUACAGAUUAUGAGCUUAGAGUACACCAGAGCGCUCAUACUGGAGAAAAACCUUAUAAGUGUUCACACUGUGAUAAGACAUUUAAACGGCCUGAAUAUCUGAAAAUACAUGAGAGGAUCCACACCGGAGAAAAGCGAUAUCACUGCGAUUCUUGUGGGAAGAGGUUCACGCAGUUAUCUUCACUACUCGGGCAUACGAAAAAUGCUUGCUUGAAAUCACACUUGAUGGGGUCCAAGCGUCCUGUAGCUCAAAUAGUAGAGCAUGGUGCUAGCAACGCCAAGGUUGAUGAUAUGAUCCCAACGGAAAGCAACUCAGCAACUGAGAAAAUGUGUGCCUUCAAUGCAAUACAAGUUGUUUUGGAUUAAAGGGUCUGCCAAAUGCAUAAAUGUAAAAUUUAGCAUAAUGUAACGAUUAGCUUUGCUAGUUUAUUGCUAUAGAACGCUAGUCUAAUAAUUCAGUAUUUUAUAAUGAUU